AUGGAGGGUGUCGCGUUGAGAUGGAGAGCUGCAACAGUUGCGCUGCAAGGACUGCUGGCGAUGACCUUUCUUAUUUCAGGUACCAGUUAUUCCUAUUGGAAUGUCCUCGAGGUGCAGACCUGGGUGGUUGGGUGGGCGCCAACUAGAAUUGCACACAGAAACAAGAAGGAAUUCCAAGGUAAAUGGAAAAGGUUCAGAAAGGGGCGACCAACACUGUGCAAGGGGAUGGAGCGACUGUCCUGUGAUGAAAGUUUGCAUUACUUGGGAUGUUUUAGUUUAGAGAAAAUAUGAGAGAGUUCACAUGAUAGAUACUCCAGAAUUAUGUGUCUCUCUCCCUCUCAAAGCACUAGAAAUAGUGGACACCCAUUGAGACUGAACGUUGGCAGAUUCAGGAAAGAUAAAAGAAAGACCUUCUUCACACUGGGCAAAGUUAAACUAUGGAACUCUCUUCCACAGGAGACAGGGAUCUCCCACAGGUGGAGACAGCCACCUGGAUGGCUUUAAAAGAGGAAUAGGUUGCCUCUCAGGUUGAUUUCUCUGGCUCUUCUCAAGAGCCGGGAUAGCUCAGCUGGUAGAACAUGAGAGGCUUAAUCACAGGAUCAUGGGUUUGAGCCCCAUGUUGGGUGAAAGAUUCCUGCAAUUAACAUGUACAUAAGGACUCUUAUUAAGGACAGGGGUAUAUUAACUCUUGCCCUCCCAGACUCCUUCCAGAUCUUGUAGCUGAGCCAGCAUCCUUUUAGAUCAGAGAAAGGUUUGAUAGAGUAUUUGGCUAGUUUAAGCUGCUGCUCUGUUGUGAUUCUCUGCUGCAGACUAGCUUAGCCGGGUGCCUUAGAUCUGAGUCUAAUGCACUAGGAUUUUUUUCUUAGAUUUUUGUAAACAAGCAAGCAAACAAACAAAAACCAGGACAUUUAGUCAAAUUUUAAAAAUCCUCCCAGGCAGAAAUUUCAGUCCUGAAAAUGAGGAUGUGCCCAGGAAAAAAAGAGAACAUGUCCUGGGAAAAGAGGACAUAUUGCAAUCCUACACAGGAGGUUUCCCGGAAAGUGAAUGUGCUAUGACUUGCUUAAGUCACCUUUUGGGUACUGCUGGUGGAGAGGAGUGUGUCUUUGAGGUGAGUUUAGCCCCGUCUGCAAGAAGGAGAAGGUUUGGGCUGUGUCAGGGAAGGAGAAGGUAGAGUCAUGUCACCCAGAAGCUUUCCCAGAAAGUGAAUGUGGUUUGACUUGCAAUAUGCUGGAACUCAGAAGAGAGGCAAUGGCUAAGCAGCCUAAUGUCGUGUUUUCAAAAUUGUGAGAAAACUUACCCAGGGAGAAAUAAUUGGGACGAGGAACUGUGAAGUACUCUCCCAUGGAGCUGCCUGCCUCCACCUGUUUUUCUUUCUUUCUUUUUUAGGUUCAUACUUUGCUUUCGAAUCUGAAUUGUGCUGUUGGUUUUUAAAAAAUUCUUCUUCAUUUUUAAAAAUACCAUAUUAGGAUAAGUUCAGGUUAACUACAAUGCCUUUUGGGGUGUGUGUAAUGCCUAUAAUUUGGUUGUCAUUGUUCUGUUUUGAAAGUUAAAUCUGACUGGUGUUGGUGUGAGUUGAAAUCCAAUAACUGCCAUUGGAUUAGAUGCCCCUACUUGUCUCAUCCAACCCUGUGAUUUAAUAAAUCUCUAGGACUGGCCAUUCUGACAUUUUUGAAUCCUUCUGUGGUAUCCACUCAUCAAAGCACUCACUCAGGCCCCUCCUUUGGGCCUGCGGUUCAGAACAGGCACUUGGUGCAAAUUUCUGCCUCCAAACAACUUCUGCUUUCAUGUUAAAAGGGGGGGGGGGCAAUUUCUAGUCCCUGAUGAUUUCAAGGCAGAAAGACAUUGCUAAUAGUUUCUCCAGGAUCUCAUGCCCUUUCUUCCCACACUUCCUUUCAGGAAUUUCUGCCUUGAAGUGUCAUAGUUCCAACACCGUCAAUCUUACCACUCCACACAAGGGCAACUCCUCAUCUCAUAUCUCCCCAGAAAGCGGUAUUAUCAACUGCUCCAGUGCUGAGAACGUUUGCACAGAUGCACAACUUAUAUUAACUAUAGGUAAGUGCUGGUCUGUCAGAUGGAUCCUGUGUGGCUGCUAGAUUUUUUGAGAGAGGAAAAGCAUGAAAUUACUUACAACCCCUAAAUUUCCCAGCAGGAUUACCUGAGGCCUGAAAUGAUACUUUGAAUGCAUUCAGAAUUGAAGUAUUUAAAAUAUGUUUUGAUUCAUUUUAUUUUAUAUUUGCAGAUCUUUGUACAAGCCCCUGGCCUCCAUUUCUUUCUUUCUUUUUUAAUAAAAAGCAUCUCUAGCUGUUUCUGAGAGUUGACACAGACCCAGUUCAGAUGUAAGACUAAGCCAUAGGUUAGUGCAGAGACAGGGGACCUCUCACCCCUCCAAAUUCUGUUGGAUCUCAACUCCUACCACCCCUAACUAUUAGCCAUGCUGGCUGGGGCUGAUGUGAGUAGAAUCCAACAUCUGGCAUUGGACUAGAUGACACAUGUGGUCCCAUCCAUAUCUACAAUUCUAUGAAAUCUGGAGGGGCAUAGAUUCCUGCCACCAAUGUAGUGUUACAAGAGGAACCUUCCACAGGUUUAUAAAUCUUGGCUUGUUAUUUCUUUUUGAUAUCCUAGUUCAAAGGUUUCAACUAAUGUUGAAAGGUUUCAACUAAUGUUGAAAUAGUUUCAACUAUUUGCAUGCCAGAACCUUUCAGAUAUUCUGGACUGCAUGCUUGAAAUACGAUCUGCAUCUUACUUGCCUCAGUGGAUGAUUUGGAGAUGGGAGGGUGUGGAAAAGCUCUGGAUUUUGCAUGGCUAGAAUGCAGGCUGCGUCCUAGGGAAGAGCCACACCCACUGCUCCAUCCAGGAUUCCUUCCGCCUCUUCUGUCACAGGCAGGUGGCCCACAGAUGCUUGGCCACAGACUUGGGCUGGUUUCCAACCUAGCUGUUGAAGUUAAACAGCUGCCAGGAAGUGUGUCACAAGGAAACAGGAAGAAGUGGGAAGUGGGAAGAACUCUCAGUACUUUCUGGGGCCACUCACAUGAACAAAAAUCCACCCACCCAUGGCACCAAGUUAGACAUGAACCAGAGGGGAAAAAACCAGAGGGGAAAAAAGGCCAGGGGGCUUUGGCAGCCACCCCACACUGUAUAGAGUUGCCCAUACAUCCAAAAUUUCCCAGACAUUCCUGGAAUUCAGCCAUUGGAAACAGAAAUCACUGAAAUGUCUGGGCAUCAACAACUUUGGGUAAAACUUUGGCAAAAACAAACAAAGAAACAAACAAAAAUCUUUUGUGUCUGGACUUUCAGAUUUUGAAAUACAUGACUAAACAAGUAAACAAUGACAAUAACCCCGCCAAAACAUGUAUAAGUCACCCCCAGAGCAAUAAUUGCCAAGAUAAGGUCUUUGGAACACCCUGCCACAGCAUCAAUCUAUUGUUUGUAUUUAUACAUCUCUCCCCCCCCCCCCGCCGUUUUAGAUAAAGAUGUUUUGAUAAUUAGCUACAAAGGCUGCGCCAGCAAGGACCUUGUGGAUGGAACAAAAUCAGUCACCUCUGGUGACCGUCACUUUGCCAUCCAAUUUGACCAGAGCUACUGUUUUGGUGACCUUUGCAAUGCGAAAACGAGAGAAGUUCCCAAGACCCCUAUUAAGGACAAAGGUAUUUUUUAUUUAUUUUUAAGGGUCACCUGAGAAGAAAGUGUGAUCUCACAGUUUCACUUGUUGGGCGGGUGGUUGUCAAUAGGAAGGCUUGAAAAAUUCAAUUUUUGAGAUUUCUAAGGCAAGCGGCCCUGUUCCCCAACUCUUGGGCUCACUUGCCAAAGAAAAGGUAACCUCACUUCUCAAGAAAUGUACAAGAUGGUGUGCUUUAGGAUGUGCUUUAGGGUGUAAUUUAGCAGCGAGAGCACAGAGAAAAGUUUGGAGGGAGCUGUGGGGGGAGUGGAAACAUGAGGUGCACUGUAGGGGAGGGGUGAGUGAGGGGUAAAGGGAGGGGACGUGUUCAGGUGUGGGGUUUGGCAAAGGGUGUGGCUGGUUUGGCAAGUGGAGAAAGCAAGGGCAACAACCCCCACUAUGUGCAAAGAUUCGCACCCAUUUUUAAGUUGGAAAAUUGCCUUGGAAAAUUCAGAUUUUGAAGUAUAACUCCUCGCUUUACGCAUCCACCUAAACACAUACCAAUUCAUUUUGGUGGGUUUACUCUGAGUAUGAUUAAGAUAACCAAUCCUUUGAAGAGGGCAAAUUAAGUAGGCUCACUUUGAUAUGCAAAGCAAACCGAAAUAUUCUCCCCCUAUCAUUAUUUAAGAGACAGGAAAAGGGGGAGACUCCUACAAACGGGAGUGACCUUUUUCAAUCCAGCCCCCCCCCCCAACCUCAUGCUCUUCAUUUUGAUUUCUUACUGCAGUAACUGGGUCCAACCAGUGUUACACAGGCUUUGGGUGGAGCUCCACUAGAUUCAUGCAGGAGACUACGAAAUGUGGCAAAGACUACGACCUGUGUUACGAAGGCAGCAUGAACAUUACUAUUUCAGAUAGAAGAGGUGAGUUUGCCUAGGAAUUUCUUCCACAGCUCCUGCCCCCCAAAAAACACCCCCUCCCCUCAAGCUGAGCUCACUUCCAGUAUCAGAACUUGGCACCUGGCUAAAUUCAAACACUGCUGCCUAUGUCUUACUUGAAAACCCCUUUCUUUGCCAGCCCUGGUGCCCUCUAGGACUUGGCAGUCACUGAUGGGAAUUUGAGUCCAUGAAGUUGGUGAAGCUGAUUUAGCAAUUCUCUGCUGUUGAUCUGUUGAUUGCAGGGGCCUUUUGGUGAUGUGGCGUCUUAAUAAUACCAUCUUUUUAUUAUAAUAAUGAUCAUAAAUCAGCAGCAAGCAGCUCUGAGAAUUUGGGAACACUGAAAAAUAGGAUGUGACAAGCUGUUUCUAAGUGAAAUAAAUGCACCUUACUAGGUUCAGAUGUGACUGGGGCCCCUUGAUGGAGAUUCCUUUACAUGUACCAAUAUGAAUAUUAUUCAUGUGUAUGGCCAAAGCCAUUACAAAAAGUAAACGACAUAGCAGAAUAGAAACAGAAUAAAAUAUCUUGCAAAGUUAAAAUAAAUAAUUAAAAUACUUCUUAAAGCCAAACAUUAUAGAAUCAUAGAACAUAGAAUUGUUGUGUUGGAAGGGAAUCCAAGGAUCAUCUAGUCCAGCCACCUGCGAUGUCAGAAUUUGUCCCCCUUUAACUUACACCCACAAACUUUUCACCUCAAAAUUGUGCUCUCAGGCAAAACGGGCUGCUUUUUCAGAGGUGUAGGGGGCCCUGCCCCCUAAGAACUCAUGGGUGUGGGUUACCCCUCAGGCUCCAUGUUCUUCAUGAUUCCCCGUGGCAUCUCAAUGCAUGCUGAGAGAAGAGGGCCAAUGCCCCUCAUACCUAACAUUUUGUGUCUUUCUUGUCCUUCCUUCCCUUCCCACAACAGGAUCCAGCACUUUCCCCAUGACCAUCAGGACCUGCCAGCGCUCAUCCUGCGAUGUUAUAAAGAGCCAAUCCUUUGGCCCUAUAAAUAUCACCAGCGAGUCAGGGCCUUGCUGCUCUGGCAGCAAUUGCAAUUGGGAGAAGAGUGACUUUGCAAUCAAGAUAGUCAAUAAUGGUGUGAGGAGCAUGACCAACCCAUACCUGUCUUAUGAUCAUUAUGGGUCAGGUUUCCAAGGGCUCAGCCUUCAACUUUGCCCUUUCCUGGCAGUCCUGGGAACCACCAUGCUCAGGAUAUGGGGGUGA